AUGGAUGAAGAUGAAUUGAUUCAAGAAGAACUUGAGAAACUUACAAAAGAGGAAUUAGCACGCAAGAAAAAAUUACGUAGGAAAACGAAUGAAAAACGUCAAAAAAAUACGAUUAAAAUGCAAUUGAAAAUGAUUACACCAGUUGAUAUUGCAUUAGAAGAUUCAAUUAAUGGUGGUGAUGACAGCUUAUUUGAUCUAAAACUUAUCAAUAAAACAGGAUCAAGUGAAAAUAUUGAAAAGAAUGGAACAGUCAAGUCCAAUGGAAAAUCAUUAAAACGUAAAGCUGCUGAGAUUCAGGAUGAUGAUAAUGACGAAGAUAUAGAAAUAGUUCCUGUUGAUAAAGACAGUGAUGAAGAAAUGUGGGAUGCCAAUAUACCUGACGAAGAUGAAAAAAAGAUGAAAAGAGCCCAAAAAAUUGGAUUGAUUACAGCAGAGGCAAUAACACUUGCACAGCAAUUAGUAAAUGGUAAAAAGACAAAAGAAGAUUUGAUUGAUGAUGGAUUUAGAAGAUAUGUUUAUAAUGAUAAGGAAGGAUUACCAUUAUGGUUUGCUGACGAUGAGAAAAAACAUAAUAAACCAAAUCUACCAAUCACUAAAGAAGCUGUAAAUGUCAUUAGAGAAAGAAUGAAAGCUUUAAAUGCUCGUCCUAUAAAAAAGAUUGCAGAAGCCAAAGCAAGGAAAAAGAUAAGAAUUGUUAAAAAACUCAAGAAAUUACAAAAGAAAACUGAUGCAAUAGCAGAUACUAGUGACAUGACAGAAAAAGAAAAGGCCAAUACAAUUUCUAAAAUGGUUGGUAAAGUACAAAAGAAAACUAAAAAAGAUAUUAAACUGGUUGUUGCAAAAGGUUCUGCUAGGGGUAUUAAAGGCAGACCAAAAGGAAUCAAAGGAAGAUACAGGGAUUCUGCAAGUGUCCAUGCUGGGCGCUGUUGGCAUCAUGCCAGGCACUAG